UUGAUUGCAGGACACUGACAUAUGAUAGCUGUGCGGAUACGCUACCAACGCUUAUUGGUUGUUGUAAAAGGUGUGACUGCAGUGGACCGCUAAUAGCGUGACCUUUGAGCCUGAUUAGUCCGCAUCAGACACUGGUGCAUAGGACAAACGGGAGAUGAAACCAGAUGGGGUUACCACAGUGAUGAUAAAGUCCAUGGAAUCGGGCACUGAGCCUGCAGUGCAAACAGGAUCCAUGGGGGAGGAAACCCAGCAAGCCCCUCCCCCACCACAACUGACAGAAGAUGAAAAGAGCAAGCCAGAAAUGGGACCCUCUGCUGCCAAGGUGGGGAAGAGCAGCAAGCCUGGAGACCUCAAAGCAAAGACCAAAGACCCCACCAAAACGAAGGCUGGACCUCCUGGAUCAAAGACCACAGGAACGUCUGGUCCCAGGUCUCGGCCCAGCACCGCACAGAACCGAACCACAGAGAAUCGUACUGCUAACACCAUCCAGAAGCCGCUGACAAAUGGAGUGGCAAAGAAAGCCACUACCACAGCUCCUGAGAAGAAGAAGGCCACACCCACCACAGCCCCAUCUAAAACACCUGUGGGCACAGCAGGCUCACCAGCUAACGCAGCUGACAGGAAGCCCAUAGGAGCCAUUAAGUCUGCCUCUUCUCCCUCUGUGACCAACAGCGACAAAACCACAUUGCUAAACAAGAGGGAACCUGUUGAAUCUAGUGGCAAUGCCAAAACCAAGACCAAACUUACAGGUCCCAGGCGUAUGUCCACCGCCCUCUCCAAAUCCAGCAGUGCUUCCACGACCAAACCUGAUAGGCCACUCGUUUCCAAGACAACCAGGCCAGCCACAGCUUCCCCAGCACUCCGCCCCAUGGCCACAGCAACUGCAAUGAAAGUAUCCCCCUCCCCAUCCAAACCAUCCCCCUCUAGGCCUGGCAGCGCAGUGCCCUCUGCUGGCCAAACCACAGCCACACAGCCUCCCAAGCCCAUGGCUCCUGUGAAGAAAGAUGUCAGCAAUCCAACAGCCGAGAAGCUGUCAGCAACCUCCAUCUGCCCCUCCCCCGCCAAGGCCUCUAAGCCAGGAACUCCCAAAUCAGUGGCCUUGGGCAGGUCCAACUCCACCCCGAAGAAGCCAGUGUCCAGUGGCAAAGUGGGAGAAGCCAAGCCCAGACAGCCCAAGCAGCAGGAGCCAAAGCCCCCUGCAGCAUCGCGGGGACCAAAACAUGCUGCAGGGAAGGCCACCACUUUGAGCCCCAAGAAGGCUGUGGGAAGCAGCACCCCCAUGCCAGUGAAGCGUGGACCCAAAUGCACACAGACCCCCACUGCCAUGAACGCCAGGGAGGAGGUGGAAGCGGCCAUUCCCGCUGCUGAGGCUACCACCGUGUGUACUGUGCUGGCUGCUGCCACAUCUGCUGCUGUGACGGCUGCUGGCCCCAUUACUGCAGCAGCCACUGCUUCUGUUGCUGAGAUGGCAGUGGCUGCAGUUGCCACAGUGGGUUCAAGGUCCCCUGUGAAGUCAGAUGUGGUCACGCAAGACAAGCUGGAGCCAGAGCUGGAGCUGGUCCACUUGCCAUUUCUUGCAGUGGUCCUGGGGGCCAGAAACACCCCCUCACCCCGGCCUGCUGUCCAGCCUGUUGAUGAGCCUGCUGGUGCUGUGUCAGUCUUGGAAGUCCAUCCCAGAAUCCACUAG